AUGGCUGAGGAGGCCGGUGCCCGCUUUUCCAGGGAGGAGCCGGCCGGGAGCAGCCCGGACCCCCCUGAAAGCAGCUGCAAGACCUGCCACGAGGUACAGGCCAACUCCUCUGAUGCUUCGGGCUCACGCUGGAACCCAAAGCGCUCCAAGCCCCAAAAUGCAGCUGCCUCCGCAGCGCAGCAGCAGCAGCCGCCAGUGCAGAGCGCCGUGGGGAGCUGGAGCAGAGGGAGGGGGCGCCCGGGCCGGGCUCGGCUCCCUUCGGCUGGGCUCGGUUCGGCUCAUGUCGUUUCGGCUGGGCUCGGCUCGGUUCGGCUCAUCUCGUUUCGGCUGGGCUCGGCUCCCCUCGGCUCGGUUCGGCUCAACUCGUUUGGGCUCGGCUGGGCUCGGCUCCGCUCCGGCCGCGGCCGCGGCCCGGCCCCGCCUGAGGCAAGGGCGGGCGGCGGGCGCGGCGGGGCCGGUGGCCGUGGCGGGGGCUCCUCCCCGUCCGUGGAGCGCCGGGGCUGCCCGGGGGCCUCGCAGGCCGGCAGCGGGGCUGAGGCGGCGGCGGCAUCUCCCCUCGCGGCAGGCCGGGGCGCCGGGUCCCGGCCUUCCCCCCGCAGGCCCGUCCAGCCCCGGCCCCUCCCUGCCGCCCCCGGGGCUGCGGGGGCAGCAGGGGACUGCCUGCCGCUGGUGGCUGUCCGGCGGAGGCCGGCGGGCACCGCGGAGACGUGCGGCUGCGGAGAGAAAGGAGUUUCUGCCGGCUGUCCCCGCAGGGACCCGCCGCCGCCGGGGGUGUCCCUCACAGCCUGGCGUCGGUGGCGGGCUGCGCCACGGUCCUGCCCGGGCGUUCUUGGCAGCCCCCGGGGCAAGAGGCCUGUCAAGCUUCGGGGAGGUCGGCAGCGGCAUUUCCAGAGCAGUCACGUCCCGUUGGCUCUCCUGCUUCCUUCCCUAGGCUGGGAGAAAGGAGGACGUCCUCGAAAGCAGGUCAAGAGAAGAAAAGAAGUGUCAGAAAGUGCUGCAGUGGAAGAAACGGUGAAGAGGAGAAGAGUGGAAGUCGGAGCGGAGGCCUCAUGCCCACAGUCGGGUAUGGGCAGAACUGGAGCCAAGUGUGUUCGCCAUACGAGUAAAGCAAAGCACGGAUUUGAAACGAAUUCCUCCAAAGAAAAUGAGCGUGAGUUUAGUCCAGCAUCCCUUACUGUGGGCUGUAACCGAGUGGGUUUGUGGGCACCUGUGGGAUCUAACCUUGAGCAAAGAGCAGGAACGGGUCAGGCUGAGGGUGCGGUGCAGCUACUGCAGCAGCUGGACCAAAUGGUAAACAAAGGAAACGUGGAGUCAGAAGGAAGAGGUCUCUCCAGGUUCUGGAGAAGCAUAAUCUUCUCGCCACUACAGCAUCUCUUGUUGGAAAGAACUGACCUGGAAGUACUAAUGGUUGUGGAAAGGUAAACUUGUAGCAUGAAUGUCAGGUUGUAUUGUUUCUUUUGUAAUUCAGCUUUACACAUUGCUUGUCUCCGCUAUUAAAUGCUUUACAACAAAAUUCUACUUUGUUUACGUUUUCAAAUUAACGUACUGAAGAUGUUGGGUUAGAAUGUCUUUUUCUUCUCAACCUAGAGGUUUUGGAAAAAGAGCAACAAGCUUUACGAUUUCGAUCCUUGAGUGUCAUAAAUCGGGAAUUUUACAUUUUAAAAUCAUUGUAUGAGACUCUAGUAAAACAAGCAUCAGCUUGGAACUGUGUGUUAUUUCAAUCAGUCUUACCCUGGCAGAAAAAAACUCCUUCCCUCCAAGAAGAAGAAGUAGAGGUUUCUAGUAUUGGAUGGACUGCUGCCCUAUGCUUCACAGCAUUAAAAAGGUCUAAAUUGG